AUGGCACAUUCUAUCGAGAACGGGGCUCCCACUGUGGCGAACCCCAAGCUGGGCGUCAUCUUCGAUAAAUUCGUCCGCGAGCUCAAAUACCAAACGCCUGCGCAUGAUGAUACACGCCCUGCCUUACAGGCCGCCAUGCUCGAAUGUGCCGUCGGCUCGGGCGUUCCGUACGAGUCGGGACAUGCGCGGCGGUGUUUCGACGUGGGCCUCAUCAUCGCUUGUUCCUGCUAUCCCUCCCACCCCUUUGCCGUGAAGUUACACAUAGCCAUCUACACCUGGCUGGUCACCUACAUUGACGAUGACGAGGACGGGAACCAGGACCUAGCCGGCUUCCAGACGCGCUUCCACAAAGGGGAGCCGCAGCCAUCGGCUCUGCUAGCGUGCGUUGCAGAGUCGCUACAGGGCAUGUCGACGCACUUCGAGCCCCUCGUGGCCAACUUCAUCGUGCUUUCGUCGCUGCAAUUUGUCAACGCCACCCUUCUAGAGAGGCGCGGCGAGUUCACCGGCCUACAGCACUGCAAAGAGGCAAGCCGGUGGCCUGGCUAUAUUCGCGACAAGAGUGGAGUUCCCGAGGCCUACGCGUACUUCAUCUUCCCGGGGGACCAGUGCCCGGAUAUAGGAGCGUAUAUGCAGGGGAUACCGGAUAUGAUGACUUACAUUAACUACGCCAAUGAUGUUCUCUCGUUCCACAAGGAGACCCUAGCCGGCGAGACGGACAACUACAUCAAUACCCGGGCCGUCUGCGAGCAGCGCGAGCCUGUUGCAAUGCUCGAAACCGUCAUUGACGAGACAAUCGCGGCGAACUCACGCGUAGUCAGGCUUCUGAACACCAGAUUGGACCCCAUGUGCUCCCGGAAGUGGGACGAGUUCCUCAAUGGCUACAUCCUUUUCCACAUCACAGCCAAGCGUUACAACUUGGACGUGUAUGAUGGGCUGGCCCACGAGGGAUUCAAUGGGCCGGAAUAG